UCCAAACUUCAUUAACAAUAUAGAGGUCGGUCUUGGGAGGAGCGUUCGUGAUUCCUGAAAUAUUCAAUGGUCAACUAGCUAACUUUAGCAAUCUUCUUCAACGUGCGAGACUGGAGCUUGCUGCUGAUGACAAGAAAGGGCACCCUGGCCUGACACAACAAUCCGACUGUCUCGGGACUUCAAUUUGAAUUUGUUGCAACCAUGAAGUUCACGCAAUUUUUGCUAAAGAACAGCUCCAUACCUAAACAAGCACUAGUGGAUCGGUUUUCCAAGUUCUCCCCCUCGCCUCUGUCAAUGAAACAAUUCAUAGACUUUGGCUCGGCCAAUGCCUGUGAGAAGACGUCCUUUGUGUUCCUUCGUCAGGAGCUUCCUGUCCGGCUGGCCAACAUCAUGAAGGAGAUUGACUUCCUCCCUGACAAGCUUCUCAGCACCCCGUCACUACAGUUACUACAGAGCUGGUAUGCAACAAGUCUGAUGGAGAUAGUGGGCUUCCUGGAGAAAGAGCCCGAUGAUAAAAAGAUCCUGAAGAAGUUCACUGAGACGCUGGUGAACAUCAGGAACCGCCACAACAACGUGGUUACCACCAUGGCACAGGGAGUGGUGGAGUACAAGGAUGCCUUUGGCUCCGACCCUGUGACCAAUCAGAACGUCCAGUACUUCUUGGAUCGCUUCUACAUGAGCCGCAUCUCCACACGCAUGAUCAUGAACCAGCACUCUCUCAUCUUUGAUGGAAGCGCCAACCCCGCCCAUCCCAAGCACAUUGGCACCAUCGACCCUGACUGCGACGUGACGGAGGUGGUAAAAGAUGCCUUUGAUAGCUCCAAGAUGCUCUGUGAACAGUACUACCUGACCUCGCCAGAGAUUGACCUCACACAAGUCAACGCCAAAGGUCCUGACCAGCCUCUUCGUAUUGUCUAUGUUCCUUCCCAUCUCUACCACAUGCUGUUUGAGCUCUUCAAGAACGCCAUGAGAGCAACAGUGGAGACUCAUGAAAUGGCCCUGCAUCUCCCGCCGGUCAAAGUCCGAGUCUCACUGGGCAGUGAGGACCUAACAAUUAAGAUAUCAGAUCGAGGAGGCGGAGUUCCCCUGAGGAAGAUAGAGCGUUUGUUCAGUUACAUGUACUCCACCGCCCCCAGCCCCGUCGAUAUUGACAACAGCCGCAAUGCACCACUGGCUGGUUUUGGCUAUGGUCUUCCCAUCUCCCGUCUCUAUGCCAAGUACUUCCAGGGAGACCUGCAGCUCUACUCCAUGGAGGGAUAUGGGACGUCAGCUGUCAUCUACCUGAAGGCCUUGUCCUCAGAGUCUGUGGAAAGACUUCCUGUUUACAACCAGUCAGCCAUAAGGCAUUACCAGAUGAGCAAUGAGGCAGAUGACUGGUGCAUGCCCAGCAAGGAUCCCAAGAAGCUGGGGAAGUAUGAGAGGAGAAGUUAACCAAACAGAUGGAGAGAGAGAGCUCAGAUAACAUGAAGAGCAGGAGGAAAGAAAGAAGAAGAGGAGGAUGACUGAAAGGAGGAAUGGAAUGAUGAUUCAUAAUCAGAAACUGACAGAAGGUACCCAGUUGUACUGUGUGUGUGUGCGCGUGUAUGAGAUAUCUGGAUUGUUCGCAAUGGAGAUUCUCAUCCAGAAACACAUUCAGGUUGGAGGCGUUUCAAUGGCAAUUCCAGGAUCUCUAUUCAAAACCAGGAUCUCUAUUCAAUACCAGGAUCUCUAUUCAAUACCAGGAUCUCUAUUCAAAACCAGGAUCUCUAUUCAAAACCAGGAUCUCUAUUCAAUACCAGGAUCUCUAUUCAAUACCAGGAUCUCUAUUCAAAACCAGGAUCUCUAUUCAAUACCAGGAUCUCUAUUCAAAACCAGGAUCUCUAUUCAAUACCAGGAUCUCUAUUCAAAACCAGGAUCUCUAUUCAAAACCAGGAUCUCUAUUCAAAACCAGGAUCUCUAUUCAAUACCAGGAUCUCUAUUCAAUACCAGGAUCUCUAUUCAAUACCAGGAUCUCUAUUCAAAACCAGGAUCUCUAUUCAAUACCAGGAUCUCUAUUCAAUACCAGGAUCUCUAUUCAAAACCAAGAUUUCUAUUCAAUACCAGAAUCUCUAUUCAAUACCAAGAUCUCUAUUCAAAACCAAGAUUUCUAUUCAAUACCAGGAUCUAUAUUCAAUACCAGGAUCUAUAUUCAAUAAGUGACUUUGUGAAUGUUACAGUCAGAAACAGGGCCAUAAACUAUUCACAAUCACAUCUCACCUUUUGGUUUCAUUUAGCCACACGUUUCAGGUAUUCAUUUCACUCACUUAUAUUAACAUUAUGACACUGAAGCAGUGUAAAAAAAACUAGCAUUUUGUUUAAAAGGUGUAUUUUAGUUUGCAACUGAUCAUUUAAUUUAUCAAAUGCCUGAAUUUGGUUAUACAGUGAGAUAAGCGGCAGAGUAGCCUAGUGGUUAGUGUUGGACUAGUAAUCGAAAGGUUGACAGUUCAUAUCCCCGAGCUGACAAGGUCUGUCGUUCUGCCCCUGAAUAGGCAGUUAUUGAACAUAAGAAUUUGUUCUUAACUGAUUUGCCAAGUUAAAUAAAUAAAAAGCUGAUACUACAUUUUAGAUUUUGUAUCUAGUGUUCUCUAAACUCUUCACUUACGGCUACAGUAUGCAGCUAGAACACUGAGCUCCAUGGACGCAGGUAGAUAUAGUGUGUCAGUCAGAGACCUGUCAAGGCCAUGCUGUCAGUCGAUGGGUUUUCUCUGGUUACCCUUCUACUACAGGAUGUUCUAUGGGUACAUAGUGGUCAACAAAUGUUAUUUUCAACAUACUAUGUAGACUCCAUAUAGUUUCAACUCUGAGCAUUUCACCUUUUUGUUUUUUACUGCUUACAAAUAUUCAUCAAUCUCGGAAGAUUAGACAGACGUUUAUGUCCAAUGUUUUUUGCGGCCUAAAGGGAUUUUAGUAGAAUCAACUGUAAAUCUUGGUGACUCGUUUUUUUGUUCCACCCUCACUUGUUGAAUAAGACAAGAGCUCAAACAAAGGUCAUUCAUUCAAGGUUUCCUAUGAAGACAGAAAAUAGAUAUUGAAGACAUUAAGGUAUCUAGUACAUUUACUCUAAACCAAGUCCAACUGAGUUUAAGUAUAAGUUAUGUGAAUAUUGAGAUACAUUUUCUAUCAUUCUGUUAUAUUUUUCAAUGACUAAAACGAUUGCAUUUUAGAGGCCGCAUAGGUCUUUUAUACAUGAAGUAUUUAUUGAAUAACGUUGUGUGCCAGAGAGCAAAAUGGGAGUAUUAUCACAUUUCUGUGAUUAGGGACACGGUAAGACUGAGUUGAAUCAAAUGUUUAACUGGUGCCCAGUGUGGGUAUUUGAUGUGUUAACUUGGGCAGUCAUUACAACAUUUAAUUUCCUGGUAUACACUAAAUAGUCACUAUUAUUACACUCCUUAGCAAUAAGAAAUCACAUAAAAGACUAUGUACACUUACUAACAUUUAAUCCAAUAACAGCUAAGUAUUUGUAACUAGUCAAUAUUUGUAUGUGCAUUGAAACAAAACAAAAAUAGUUUGAGACUAACACUGAAGUGCCAACUUUUAUUUCUCUCUUUCUGGUUUUUAACAUGUAUGGUUUUAAAUCACACAAUCUCGGGAUGUUGAAGGCAUUUCAUAUUUUUCAAAGUAUCACCGUAAGUGCUGUGAUGUCAUAUUAAACCGACCUGGGAGGAGCUAUCUAUCAAUAGAAGUUGCUGAUUGGACCUCACACGGUGGGCGGAGUCCUAACUUGAGAUUAUUGCACAUAAUUUAUUAUUGUUGCCGUGAAUAGAUGAUUUACCAAUAUACAUUAUUUGGGUUAUGGGCAACCAUCUAAUGUCAGGAUUUCAGUCUAAUUGAAUUCUAACUGAAUAACAAUAGUGGUUAUCUGCUUAUUUUAGCAUCUUCAGGUUGUUCAAUAAAAUGCAGCUCUUUAUGUAGUUCUCUCUCUGCCUUUUGUCCCUCUGCCAGAGCCUUCAGAAAGUAUUCAUACCCCUUGACGUAUUCCACAUGUUGUUGAGUUAAAGCCUGAAUUCAAAAUGGAUUCAAUACAUAAAACAUCUCACCCAUCUACACACAAUAUACCCCAUGAUAACAGUGAAAACAUGUUUGUAGAAAGUUUAGCAAAUGUAUUUAAAUUUAAAUACAGGAAAAUCUCAUUUACAUAGGUAUUCACACCCAUGUUUCAAUACAUUGUAGAAGCACAUUUGGCGGCGAUUUCAGCUUUGAGUCGUCUUGGGUAUGUCUGUAUAAGCUUUGAGUCGUAUUGGGUAUGUCUGUAUCAGCUUUGAGUCGUCUUGGGUAUGUCUGUAUCAGCUUUGAGUCGUCUUGGGUAUGUCUGU